AUGAGGAUAUUUAGAGUUGCUACCGCCUUUUGGCUCCUUCAAGCUGCUUUCUGUCUUGAUUUCAAAGCUCGUAUUGUUAAUGUUCCAGAAGAAGCGCUUGAAAUUGAGAACCUCAGAAGUGGCAAGACAAGACCAAUCGAAAGAAACUACCAGGCUAAAGUCGACGCCAAAGUCGUGGGAUUGGGCCCCAAAUAUGGAGAAGUACACGAGUGUCGUGUUAAAAAGACUUAUGAGUUUGAUGUGGAAGGCUUGUCGGCUGGAGAAUACAAAUUGUUGGUCCACUCCCACGACUUCAACAUUCGCCAGGGAAGGUUCCAUAUUUCUGUCAAUGACAGUGCAGUUGUCGUGACAGAGGACAGAUUAGGAAUAAGCGGAGCCAAUUCAACGAAAAGCUGCGUGGUGAGCGAAAAAGAGCCGUUGAUCAUUGAAGCUGCUACCAUCAAGCAGUAUGAGGAAAACCCAAGAAACAAGCUCAUGGAGAUGGUGAUGCAGAGCCCGUUGGGAUUCAUUUUCAAGAACAGACUAUACACAAUUCUAUUUUUUGUAUGCAUGGGGCUCAUGAUCUUGCCGCUGCUUGUCCAGUGGAUCAAUCCUGAGCUCGCGGAGCAGUUUAGCGAGUUGCAAAAGGAAGCCUACGAAAAGAGAGCAGAGCGAGUCGCUGCAGAGAAAAGACAAGGUCAACUUCCAACGCAACCCGAUAAGAUCAUGGGCAAGAAACAAAAGAGAAAGCUCUAA